AUGGAAGGAUACAUAUAUAUUGCACGUCACGGCUUUCGUCUCAGUUGGAUCACCCAAACAUGGAAGAGCCCCACAGCAACUCCUCGUGAUCCGCCAUUAGCAGCCUACGGACAUGAUCAAACGAAGGAAAUGACCGCUUACUUUCUUGCCUUACCCGCACAUGAACGGCCGACAGUGAUAUAUUCGUCACCCUAUUAUCGGUGUCUCCAGACAGCUAAUCCUGUCGCAGACGCUCUCAACAUCCCGUUGUACGUGGAACACGGCUUAUCCGAGUGGUACAUGCGUGUAAAGCCGAACACAGGCUUGCUCCCUCGGCCUCAUCACGCUUCAUCAUUGAAGGAGCAUUUUCCAAACAUUGAUGACAGUAGGCAGAGUGUGUAUCUGCCCUCUCGUAAAGGCGAAGACAUCCCGGAAGUGCAUAGACGAGCCGAUGAAACUCUCAAGGCGCUGCUCCACACCGCCAACUCGCCCAGGAUGCUCCUAGUAACACACGCGGCAACGGCAAUUGCACUUAUCCGAGGAUUGGCAAGAGAUCCCGAUCUGCCCGUCCGAGUUGGAUGUUGCACCAUUACAACGUUUCGCCGACACGGGGUAAUAAACUGGCAUCCCAUUGGUGACUUGGCGUCAGCGGCUCACCUCUCAAAUGGUGUUGAGAGAGACUGGGGCUUUGAAGACGUGUCUCUUUUCAACGGUGAGGUUGUUGAAGACGAAGGCGAAGGGGAGGGACCCGAUACCGAUCAAGGUCCAGUUGGACUGAUGAUCGAUUUGCCGAUGCAAGUGACUGAAAUUUCCCCUCGUCUAUGA